UUUUUUUACCGACGGAUUUACCGAGGGAAUCCAAAUUAUCGGUAAUUAUGGAGAGUUUAGCAAGGAAUUACCGAGAAAAAUAAAUUUUCAAAAACAACGAGAGAUUUACCGAGGGAUUUCCGAGGGAAGAUUACCGACUGAUAUCUUCCCUCGGUAAAAUGAAAUUUAAACUUUACUUUGGUUAAAUUAAGACUAUGCGGUUCUUCUUUCUUAGAACUCUCUCCCUCUUCGCCAUUCACAAUUCUGAUUCUCAUUCUGCAGCGCCAGCCGCCGUCUUCGCUGUCUCCGUCCCCGCCGCUGGCGUCGUUCCUGGUAAAUCAUAUGCUCUCUCUCUCGUUGUCAUGAUAAUCCUGAUUUGCGAGCAUGUUCAGAUCGCUGCCGAUACAUCUAUCCUCCUCCGGCGAAGCUCCACCAUCAUCUGCCACUGCUGCUCUCCGACGUCGCAACAUCAUCGCCAUUUCCGAUUACCUCUCACUUCUUCACCAGACUCGUCUCUCUCUCAUUGCCGAAGGUUAGUAAUUUUCUUUGAAAUUAAUUUAUUUGGAGCUAUUAUUUAGCCAGUGUGUGCAAGCCUUAUAAAAUGUGGAUAUAUUUAUGCAAAUUACUUCCCCUGUUUGAAGUAUUGUUUGUAAGUAAAGGCUCGGUUUCCAUGUAAUUACUUGAUGGAAUUAUUACACUUUAAGAAUAAUAUCUGGCAAUUCAUCAGCACCUGACUUAUUGAACUUCAUACAUGAUUUUAAUUGUUUCUUUGUUUUUAAGAUUUCUAGUCUGUAAGUUGGGGUGAUACUAUAAAGGCAUGAUUUUUCUAGUUGUCGUCUAUUCAAAUUUAUGUAUCAAUUCUUGUAUAUCACUAGAUGAUAAGGUGAUGAUGCAUUUGUAUUUAAGAAUAAUAUCUGGAACAUGUGGAGUUGUUGUUGCCUAGUGAUGUUUUGUUAGCUAAUCUUUAUUUAACAAGCAUGCCAAACUAGGGAUGUUGCAAUUCAGUGUAAGAUAAACUACAUCGCAAUAUGAUUUACCUAAUAGAGUUGAAUUCAUUAAUUUCAUUGUGUUGAUAUUCAACAUCUUGUCCCAAAAUAACAUGAUUAUCUUGCAUGUGUGGACCUUAUUUAGCAAUUGGUGGCAUAUGCUGUGCUCUUGAUUUGAUUUUGAUGAGAUGAUUCUGCUACUUGUGUUGUGGUUGAUGCAAUGUUAUGUUAUGGUUUAUGAUGUGCAUUAUAUAUUUGAGUUGUGUGUAUCAGUAAGUAUAUUUUGUGGAAAGAACAAUAACGAUAUUAUUGAGCUAAUUAUGUGUGUAACUUGUACAGAAAAUCAUCAUAUAAUGCAGUUGAGAACUUUUGCUUAACUUGAUGGAAUUGACUAUGAAAUAAUUCAGUAAGACCAUUGAGUUGCGAGAGCAUCACAAUUGACCAUCUAUUUUCUUCUAAUUUUGCAGGUAUCUUGAUGCUGUAUUAUUUAUGAUGACAUGACUUAUGCUGCCAUAUGGAGAUAUAAUUGUAGUUUCUUUUUAGAACCAUUUUUUUUCUUUUUGUUCCUUGAGGUUAUUCAUCUCUGAAUGUAAAUUGCUGUCUGACGAACUUUAGGAGAAUAAUUGAAAAUUAUGGUUGGAGUAUAAUAUAAUAAUUUCAUAUUUUUA